ACAACGUCAUUGUCCUGAAACGAAACUCAAAUAGACGAGGAAACAAUUUCCAAAGUGUAGUUUAUUUUGACUUUUCUGCUUAGCUGCUUUUAAAACGUGCUACUUUACAGAUAUGGCGACUGCCAGCUGUCUGCUGUCAGAGGAGAAGUUCCUGUGUUCUGUCUGUCUGGAUGUGUUCACUGAGCCAGUCUCAACACCCUGUGGACACAAUUUCUGUAAUACAUGUAUUCAUACGUAUUGGGACGGGUGUGACAUUUACCAGUGUCCUUUAUGCAAAACGCCGUUUUCUCCAAGACCUGAACUCCAAGUCAACACUGUCAUGUCUGAGUUAGCUGCUGAGUUUAAGACAUUAGUUCGAAUCAAAGCCUCAACUCCAGACCCACAUCUCCCUGGAUCAGCAGACGUUCUUUGUGACAUCUGCUCUGAGAUGAAGCUAAAUGCUGUUAAAUCUUGCCAGACGUGUCUAGUGUCUUUCUGUGAAAUGCACCUUGAGCCACAUCAGAGAGUUGCUGCUCUCAAAGGCCACACAUUAUUAGACCCUGUGAAGAAUCUUGAUGACAGAAUGUGCAAGACGCACAACAAGACAACAGAACUGUACUGCAGGACUGAACAGGCCUGUAUCUGUGUCUUGUGUUUCAAAACCGAUCACAAGAGUCACAACGUUGUCCCACUUGAGGAAGAAUAUGAAGCAAUGAUGGCAAUAAAAGAUGAGACCAUGGCAAAUAUCCAACAGACGAUAAAAUCACGGUCCAAGAAAAUAGCUGAGAUUGAAAACUCCGUUGACGUCAGCCAGAGAGAAGCUGAGAAAGAGAAAGAAACCAGUGAGCAGGUCUUCACUGACUUGAUCCGCUCCUUCCAGAGAAGCCAGGCCGAGCUUGCUGAGGUGAUUGAGGAGAGGUACAGAGCAACAAAGCAAAAGGCUGAAGGUUUUCUCACAGAACUGAGGAUGGAGAUCGCUGAGCUCGAGAGCAGAAGCACCCAGCUGGAGCAGCUGUCACGUUCUGAGGAUCACCACCAUUUUCUCCAGAGCUUCCCAACCUUGUGCUCUCCUUUAAACAAGGACUGGGCCAAGAUUGGUGUUCACAGCGAUCUGUCUUUCAAGGCAGUGAGAGGAGCUGUGACGCAGCUGAAACAGAAAGUUGAUGAAAUAAUGGAAGAGCUUCCUGAGAUCAAAAUGAAAAAAAUGAGAGAACAUGCAGUGGACUUGACCUUUGACCCUGACACAUCAUUUUGCUCACUUGUCAUAAGCCAGGAUGGAAAACAGGUGAAAGAUGUAGACACAGAACAGAAUCUUCCCGACAGCCCAAAGAGAUUUGAAGUGUAUCCAGAAGUUUUGGCAAAGGAGGGAUUCACAACAGGGAAGUUUUACUAUGAAGUGCAAGUGAAAGGAAAGACUGACUGGUUUCUUGGAGUAGUUAGAGAGUCUGUUGAUAGAAAGGAGGAUAUAGCUGUGUCAGUUAAAAAUGGUUACUGGACCAUUGGGCUUAAGGACAGUAUAUGUUAUGCAUACCCAAAACCAACAGUUAAAAUCACACUAAAAGAAAAGCUUGAGAAGGUGGGCGUCUUUGUGGACUAUAUUAAGGGAGUGGUUUCUUUCUACAAUGUGAAUUCUAAAUCAGAUAUUUAUUCUUUCACUGGCUGCCACUUUACAGAGAAACUGUAUCCAUACUUCUGCACUCAAGGCAACGCAAAUGGAACAAACUCUGCCCCGAUCAUCAUAACCCCUGUUCCUCAAACACACUGAGUUUGUUCUUUCUUUAAAGACCACGGAAAAAUGAACAUUGGUCUCUUUUUACACACUUAACAGGGGUCCGUUUCAGAAAGCAGGUUUAGUGAAAACUAAAUGUUAUAUUGGUAAUCUACUGACCUCUUUAUCUACAGGUUCUACUUUACUGUAAAUGUGCAAAUGUAAACUACUGAUUCUAAUGUUACACAGUAAUUUUGUCAGAUCUUGUAUUAUAAUGGGGAUAUAAUUUAAUGUUACUUGGAUAAGACAAAACAAAGCAUUUUGUCAGUGAUUGUUAAAUUGUAAUUUUCCUGCAAAAUCACAUCACACAGAUCUCCUUGGCCCUUUGAAUCCAGCCAUACUGUUUAUAGCCACUACCCUGACUAUGAUUUAUCAGAUGGAAAAUUACAAACUAUAUUAAACUCCCAUUUGUAAAACAUUUGAACUCUUGCCUGUAGAAGUUCUACCAUACUAAAAUACAUUGCCAUUUUUUUUUUGGUAAGAUUUGUAAGUCAAUCAAAUGCCCAUUGCAUUCACUCCUGAUUACUGCCUAUGUUCUCCUGCCCACACACUUGUGUGUGUGUGUGUGUGUGUGUGUGUGUGUGUGUGUGUGUGUGUGUGUGUGUGUGUGUGUGUGUGUGUGUGUGUGUGUGUGUGUGUGUGUGUGUGUGUGUGUGUGUGUAAUAGAGUGAAAGCACACAUUAUACUCAAGUGAGAUGCGAGGGCUGAUGUUCUUUAGCACCACUGAUGGAGCUCAUCCAUAACUAUGACUAACACCCGGUGUGUUUGGAUUCCAUUAAUGGGACACAAGCCCAUUUUUCUUUAGUGACAAAUGUCUCUUGAUGUUUUCCAGAGUAGGUUACUAUUGAAUCUUUUGAUACAGCAUGAAACAAGUGAUCAAGUAAGUAAUGAAAGAGGUAACUAUGUUGUUUCUUUUGUUUUUAGUUCUAUGUAUACAAUAUGUUUAUCUUUUUCUUUUUAAUGUAUGUUGUAUGUCAUGUCUGUGUUUUCUGAAUGGACUUUGAGUCUGGCAAUAAAGUUGAUGAUAAUGA